UUGAAUCGGCUUAUUCCCGUCUCCUCUGCACUACUGGCGUCGGAUGAACACCAGGUGUUCGACGUUUUGCCCGUUACUGAGAACAACACUGCCGUUGUAGAGAAAUCAUUUGUAUCCUGCAAGGAGGUUAGUGAUCAAGAGUCGUGUAAGUUGUUUCCGUUUGUUGCUAUGGCUGUGAAGACUUUGAAUUUGGGGGCGGUGAGGGAAGGCAAGUUUGUUCAGGCAGUGAGGUUCCAUGGUUAUGCCCAUUCAAUUCGUGCGUUUAAAAUGGUUAUAGAGGUGUUUGCAGUAGCGGGGCUAGAGAACAACGUUCAAUUCUUGCUUAGAGAUAUUGUUUCAUAUCAUCGGGGGGUUGAUUUGGAUGUUUUGGGGCUGUCUCAGAGUCUGUUAGGAUCCCCUGAGCUUGCUGGAGUAUUAUCUUCCUUGUGGAGUGUACUAAUAAAAUUUAUGGCCGAGAAGAAGUUGAUGGAAAAUGCAUUGAGGAAUUCUUGUCCUUGGCCUAACGUUCAUACCUACACCAUUCUUCUGAACUUCUACCGUAUCAGUGAUUUGGAGGUAGACCUUGUUCAUGCUCUGAUGGAGGUACUGGACGAAAUGCAGAAAUUUGGGCUUACACCCACAGCUGUAACUCACAGUACGGUUGUACAUGCUCCUUGUAAAGUUGGUUACGUUGAGUGUGCUUUGGAAUACGUACGGGAUUUAAGGAAUAGUAACUGUUCCUACAGUAGUUAUUGUUAUAAUGCUAUUAUCCGUGGAUUUUGCCAACAAGGUGAAGUGGAUGAAGCACUGAAGCUCUUGGAAGAAAUGAGGUCAACCAGGAUAUCAUCAGACAUAUAUAGCUACAGCAUCUUGAUUCAUGGGUUCUGCCAGAAGGGUGAUUUCGAAAAGUGUGACGAUUUGUGGAAAGAAAUGGCAUAUUGGAAUAUCCAUCCGAACAUCGUUAUGCAUAGUUCGCGCGUUUCAGGGGUUGCUGUGGAUAUGUAUUUCUUCCGGAACUCUAUCCUACUAUGUGAAGGCAUUGGUAGAUCCGCAUCUCUCUCCUAAAUUGCAUUGAUGUAUCUAGUUCAUGACUCAUAGCACAGUCGUGGCUGGUAAAAACAGGGGUUGCUACGGGGUGACACUUGACAGUUUCUAUCUGAUGUCAUUUGAAUGUUUGAAAAGCUCACAGUUGACAGUCUGUGGGCCACCAUCACCGUCGUACGGUUCCUCAUCAAUCUAUCCAGUGCUUGUUGCACAAUGUGCUCUGACUCUGCAUCCAAAGCGCUGGUGGCUUCAUCUAGCAGAAGAAUUUCUGGGUUCUUCAGCACUGCCCGAGCAAUUGCUACCCUUUGCUUCUGGCCGCCAGAUAGUUGCACCCCUCGUUCACCUACUUUGGUGGAGUAGCCCUGAGGAAGGGCGCUGAUGAAGCUAUGUGCAUUGGCGAGUUUAGCUGCUUCGAUUACUUCUCCUUCGGUGGCCCCUUCUCUGCCAUACAGUAUGUUUUCAUAGAUAGAUGUUGCAAAGAGAGCUGGCUCUUGCUGGACUAGGCCGAUGUGCCUACGGAGCGAUCUCAAUUGCAGUUUCUUGAUGUCUUUCCCUGUUGAAACGUUUUCAAGAUGAUGUCAAUCCGAGAUUGAAGUCCUUGAAAAUGGCGACUUCUGGCCUUGCUGGAUAGCUGAAACAGACGUUCUUCAACUCAACCUUACCCUCUACAUUCUUCAACUCUUCCCCGGCAUCUCCACUCAUCUGUGAUUUCCGAUCCAAAACCUCGAAGACCGAUGCAGCCAUCUGGUUCCCUUUCAGAAGAUCUGGAGCUAAUGCAAGAGUUUCGCCCAUGGCUAGUGCUGUUACAAUCAGAACCAUGAAUGACUUCAUGACGGACUUAAAGCUAGCGAGCUCCUUCUCCAUAAGAGUAGAACCAUACCUACAAAAGUCAAGAAGCAUACUUUGUUGGUGGCUACCAAUCAACAACAUAAUGGCGACAACUAGCAGGGGUAUGACAGCCGAGACAAAAAUGCUAACGAGGCAUAAUGUUACUAAAUAUUUUGAGGCUGAAAUCUAAGGAGAGCCACACACACAUACCAUAGAGCGAGUCCAUAGCACGAGAAAAUGAAGAACUGGGAUAUCCCAUAGCAUAUCCCUGCAAUCUGUCCACGUGCGAACGAACGCUUGGAAGGUUCCACUAGCUCGUGCCCAUAAAGAUCAAGGAUCUUGUCUUCCGCACAGAAUGCCGCGACUGUUCGUAUGUUGCUUACGGCCUCAGCAGCUAGCAUGUUGGCUUUCAGGUACACUUUGCUCAAGUUGCC